UGGUAAAAAUAUAACUCUGGCAACAUUUCACGCCAUUACUGAUAAUCAAAAUAAUUGUAGUUUAAUAUUUUCUAAAAUCGAUAAAGUAUACGCUUUUAAUAUUUGUGCACAAAUGCGUUAAACCCGAUUUCUGUUAUGGAGCCCACUAUUAAAUAUGAAAACUGUGAGGACAUAUUCAUAGGACCGGCAGGCGUUAUUUCCCCAUGCACUGGACAAAAGCGACAUUUUGAUAAUAUCACCGAAGGAAAUGAAUAUGAGCACGGAGCUGGCAGUUAUUCUGGAUUUAUAGCACCAACGAAUCAGGCUUUGUAUUCACAAUUUCAAAACACAGCCAUUGGUCAACAAGAGUCAAAACCGGCUAAACGUUAUCGGCGCGGAGAAAGCGCGGUAUUAUUUUCGCCACCCUUCUUUGAAGUGCCAGAUGGUAUAAACGCACAAAGUGAUACAUUUACAGCAAGAUGCGUCUCUUGUCAAGUUAUAUUACGUGGUCACAAAAAUGUUUCGUCCAACUUUAUUAAACACAUGAAACGCUCACAUCCUGAAGUACACAAAAUGUAUGAAAACUACAAACUGUUGAAACAACAUAGUAGGAAUAUGAAUCUACUGGCAAAUAAGUCGUCCGCGGCGUCAAGUGAACUAAGCUUUUUGGAUGCUAGUACAUUGCUAGAUAAUAUACAAUCAAGCACUGCACAAACAGCAAACGAUACCGUCGAAAAUGAACAAAAUUCCGAAACCACCGAAAAUUCGCAACCAAACUCCAAUGCAGAUUUGAACGAUACCAACGAAAAUUCAGUUGAAUCUCAGCCUCAUAAAAACGAUAUUUCUAUUUCUGAAGUUAAUUUGUCAAGCAAAACCCUACAAGCAAUAAGCACAAUAUUUGAUGAGAAGCUGAAGUCAUUCGUAACAAAGGCAGAACUGAGUGAUGUGACUAAAAAUAUUAUUAACCAGGUACGUUCGCGGCAAAGUACACCAUGUUCGGCCAACGUUCAGGAUGUUGAUAACGAUGAUGAUGAAGAAGUAGCAGAUAAAAAACAAGAUAAUUAUAAAACCAUAGAGAAAGAGCUCGACGUAAUGCGUCGACGUUUGUCACAUUCCGAACAUAGUAAACGUAUUCUACAGCGCGAACUGCAUACGCUAGAGAAAAUAGUACGAAAACGUAAGCUCAUUAUAAAUAAUAUACCAAUACAACAAGAUCAACAGCCUCAAACUGCUGUAGAGCAAUUGCUUAAGGAACGUUUUGACAUGCCGAAUGUACAGUUGGAGAGCGUUACUGUUAUUGGAAAUAGAAAUAGAACACACAACGACAGACAGACGCUUCUCGUGGAGGUGGUGCGAGAGUGUGAUGUGAAUGCAAUAUUUAGAAAAAGUGCUUGUUUAAAAAAUACUGGCAUAUACAUUGACUCGCAGAUGUCACAAAUAUCGCUGAAACGUAAGGAAAAACUAUUGGUCUUGCGACGCGAGAUGUUGCGGCGAAAUGAAUCUUUGAAAAUUGUAGUGCGUAACACUCAAUUAGUCGUUUGCGGGACAUAUUUCUACUGGGAUGACUUGUUGGGUUUGUGUGUGGGCAAUUUAGAUAUGCCGGACACCAAUUUGGUGAGCGAUGAUGCAGCUGAGGAAUUGAAGAAACUGACAAAACUUGAUAUGAGGGAAUUCCUGAGUGUCUUGAAAAACUAUGAUAUUAGAUAAGAUAAUUUUUAACAAUUGUAUUAAUUUUAAUUUUUGUUAGCAAAAAUCAAUUUCUCCUAAUUUGAUUUGAGCUAAUUUCUUUUGAAAAAGUGGAAUAUUUGUAUACUAUAAAUAAAAAGUUAAGAUUUAUCCAUAUCACAAAACGGAUUUCU